AUGCAAUUCACUCUUCCUAUUCUCCUAUCUUUAGGCCUAGCCAAUGCGGCCACCCUCGCUCAACCCUCUACAUGGCAGAUCUCCAAUUGGGAAAUCGUCAGCUCGGGUGGUACUGUCUACUCCUUUGACAUUGUCGCUGCCGCUUCAGCCAAUUCCCCCGGCUUCAACACCCACUGCGAGGGUAUCGUACCCAAUGCUACGGCCUGCGAUGACACGGACGUAACUGCAACCGUCACUGAGCAGAAGCACCCACUCUGGAACGUCGCCGUUCAGCAUGAGUGGCACCUCUACCCUGAAGACGAGUCCGAACAGACCUACUGGCAAGCCGGUUCGAAGAACGUGACUAGCACGCAGUCCAACUUCACCAUCACACCCAACGUUUUCUACGGUGUCGCGUAA